CCAAAACCCUAAGUUCACCCACUUUGAGGUUGAGGUUUUUACUUCCCGCGGUCGUUCCCAGGGCGCCAAGGUCCAGACGUCCAUUCCAGUCCACCCAUCCAACAGAACAGAAUGUCUCUGGUUGCCAACGAAGAUUUUCAGCACAUUUUGCGUGUUUUGAACACCAAUGUCGACGGGAAGCAGAAGAUCAUGUUUGCCCUCACCUCAAUUAAAGGUAUUGGCAGGCGAUUCGCGAAUAUCGUCUGCAAGAAGGCUGAUGUCGAUAUGAACAAGAGGGCUGGUGAGCUAUCGGCAGCUGAGCUGGAGAAUCUUAUGGUGAUCGUUGCGAAUCCCCGGCAGUUCAAAAUCCCAGACUGGUUUUUGAAUAGAAAGAAGGAUUACAAGGAUGGGAGGUAUUCUCAGGUGGUGUCGAAUGCAUUGGAUAUGAAGUUGAGAGACGACUUGGAGCGUUUGAAGAAGAUUAGGAACCAUCGUGGUCUGAGGCACUACUGGGGUCUCCGUGUUCGUGGUCAGCACACCAAGACCACAGGACGCAGAGGAAAGACUGUUGGUGUUUCCAAGAAGCGUUGAGUUAUUCUUCUUCUCGUAUAUUUAAAGGUAAACUACUAUCUAGUCGACAGGAGAGAUUCUUUGUGUUUGCGUCUUUUGAGAUGUUACUUCCCCUAUUUCAGAAGUAGAGUAGUGGCUAGAUUUACUCGUAUGUGUUUGAUUAAUUAGUAUAGUUUUUCUUUUAAAUGAAUAUUAUUUGGCAUCUUUUCUUAGUCAAACAUUUUUAUAUAUGGGUGUUUUUCUUUUCUUAA